UCAUUUCAAGGGAGUUGCAGUGAAUGUGGACUUCCCCAAAGUUCACUCACUGGAGUCAGAUCAGUCACAGGGGCAACGUAACUUUUGCUGUUCGGGAACGUCGCGCACGAUAAUAACAGGGAAGUGCUCAUUUUCAGUGCUAGAAAUAUUUAUUUUUCAGGCGUUUGUUCAGGAUGAAUUCCAGGCAUGGAGAGAUGGACUGGCGGUGGACAGUUUUCACACUGAUUCUAAACUUUCAGCUCACUUACGGGUCUCCCUCCUCCUAUGACUUAUUCCAAGGCUCUGCGCACACUGGGGUGGUACACAGGCACAGAAACAGGAACUGGUGCGCCUAUGUGGUGCACAGGAACGUGAGCUGCGCCGUGCAGGGGAGUGUGGAGAGCUUCCAGGAGCCCGUGGUGGCCCCCUGCCCAGCCUACCAGCCCGACUGCCAGCCACAAGUGACAUACAAAAAUCGGUUUCGACCCACCUAUAAGAUUGCCUACAAGACAGUCACAGAGUUGGAGUGGAGAUGCUGUCCUGGUUACCAAGGACCGGACUGUAAAAAUUUAAAACCAUCCCCAGAUCGACGAACAGUGCAGGGAACACAGCCUUACGUCCCCCCAAAUCAACAUACAACCAGACACAUACAGAGACCAGAGAGGAGAGAGACAGCGCACCAUGAGACAAGGCAUGGUGGGACAGACAAGGUCCGUCUUCUGGAAAAUGAAGUUCAGCGUCUAUCCCAGACAGUCCUGGAUCUCCAGUCGGCUUUGACAGGUUUAACUACCAACCUCCGCACAGACCUGCAGGAUGACACAAAGAAAAUGCUAGCGACACUUCUAAACAACAUGCGCCCACCAGACAGUGCUGCGGGUGCAGGCACAGAGGAGAGCCCCGCUGUGCUGGAUGGUCAUCAGGCUACCAGAGGUGGGAUUGCUGGAGAGAAAGCCCUUGAGAAAAUAGAAGCUCGUUUGGAUGAUAUCAAUAAUGCGCUUAAAAGCAAGGAUGAGGCUUUGGAAGAUCUAAGAGGAAUCACAACAAGUCAUGAGGGUCAGAUACGUGUCCUGAUGGAUGCCUCUCAAUCUCAGACUCCAGCCAUAGCGGAGUUUGAUGUUAUACAGACCUACAUUGAUGGGAAAUUUGAGAAGCUGAAGAAAGAGCUAGACCAGAAUGUGGACGAAAAGAUGGCCAGAGUGCAGAGCUCGUGCAAUGACAAGAUCCAGGCGUCGCAGAAGAACUGUGAAGACAGCCAUGACCAAGUUUUGGCCAGGAUGACCCAGCUGGUGGCUACUAAGGAAGCUGAUCUGAGAAAGGAGAUUCGAGCACUACGUCUAGACAUGGCUGCUGCAGAUGGACCUGUACGAACUCAGAGGCAGACUGAUCCACCCAACGAGGAAGAAGACCACGGUGACCAUAAAGACCUGUGGCGUGAGAUUGAUCGUAUUGCAGAGGCUCACCGCAUCCUAAAUGUCCGCAUUGACAACGAGCUGGCACACCUGUCUGCACCUCAGGAAGACAAUGAUUUUGGCCCAUUGAUUGAGGAGCUGGAGGCGCGUAUUAAUAUAACAGAACAAAAUGCAGAGACUCACUGUUUCUACAUUGAAGAGAAGCUGACCCGUACAAUUGCAGAUGAAGUGGCAGCACUUCGGAAGCUCCUGGAUGAGCGCUUGAACGGCAUGGAUGACCAGCUCACAAACAUGCUGGUCGAAAUGAGCAACAACUCCUUCCCAGGGAUGUUUGGUGACUCUGUGGAUGCCAUCCAGGCAGAAGUGAACAACAACAAGUUCCUCCUGCAGGGUUUGGAUGACAAGGUUAAUGCUGUUGGAGAGCUGUGCUCUGCAGGAUGUUCAGCCUCAGGAAUUACUGUAGGUGGCGAAAAUUCUGCACCUACGCCCAAUGGUCUAGGAAACAUUUUGAAGGACCUCAAGAGGUACAGAAAUGACUUGGACAUUCUUCACACAGAUGUCAGCUCCAACUCAGACAAGCUCAGGCAACUGGAGGACCUUGUUCAAAGGCAGUCAGUCGGAAACGAGAGACGCGUGAAGACGAUGGAUGACUUCCAGAGAGGACUGAUUAAUCUUCAAGAUAAUGUGCUUGGUCUGGCUGGAGCUGUUACUGGGUUAAGUGACUCCUUGAGCAAAUACAACCAGGAUAUGCACAGAAUAAACUCAACAUGCUGUCAAGCAGAGCAGAUUGGCACUGGAAUCCCAGGACGGUAUAACUGGGCUUCACCUGAUGCCACCAACCGUCAGGUGGAUGAGCUGAGGAACAGACUGGAUACGCUUAGUGAACGGGUGUCAUCUGAACUGAAUCAAUGUAAACAGAACACACAAGGUGUUUCUGAUGGAAUCUCUGCUGUGGACGGACGUGUAGCCAGACUAGAACAGGUGUGUGGACGGUUAGAUGGAGUUUCUACUAACAUUAGAGAACUGAAAGAUGGGCUGGAGAGACAUGUUGGAGGUCUGCGGGAUUGUGUCUACAGGAUGAAUGUCACCUGUGGAAAUCAUGGGGCAGAAAUCGCUGCGCUGCAGAAUUCCUUGCAGAGGUUCCAGGCACAGCUGUCUGCAAUGGCCAAACAUGUCUCGAAAGAUGUCACUGCCAGAGAGCCAGGAAUGACCUUAAGACCAGAGAGGCCUGCUUCUGUGCCAGAUACAACUCCGACCAGAACCAGAGUCCAACAAAUCCUGAUCCCCCUCAACAUCCCUCCACCGCCCUCCAGCCCCAGGCAGCCGUACAUUCCGGUUCAACCAGCUCAGCCCAACACACACACCAUCAUGAUCAGUCCACCCAGCCAGCCCUCCAGUCCCCAUCAACCGGGCCGCCCCAGUCUGCCGCUGGUUCCCAUAAGGCCUGUGGUGGAGACGGGAGAGGCAGGACCUCCGGGGUACAUCCGCAGGGUGACUGUGCGAAGAGGUUCUGAGGACUCGUCUCGCAUGCCUGUCAAAGGGUUCGCUGGAGCGCCGGGCUAUCCUCCUCUGCAGCCUGCAUCUUUCAGACCUCCGUCAACCAGCCGCCGAGCUCCUGCAGCAGCAAAGAUGCCGUGGAACCCCAUGUAUCAAGCUCCAGCUGAUGCACCAGUUUCAGUGGACAACAGCGCCUUUUCAGAUCCCUUGUCCUUCUCCGCUGGCCUCACACAGCAGCCUUUCUCUGGAGAUUUUGGCAUCGUUCGCUUCAACAGGGUCCUCGUCAACGACGGUGGACACUACAAUCCCCACACAGGGACCUUCACUGUGCCGAUGGACGGCCGAUAUCUGAUUUCAGGCCUGCUGACUGCGAAGCCGGGCGACCGUGUUGAGGCUGUCCUGUCAGUGUCUAACCGCAGCGUCCAGAGGCUGCAGAGCUCUGCAGGGCCGGCGUCUGGUCAGCACGGGGGCUCGGCUUCUGCUGACUGCGGCUGCGGAGGCACCGUGUCCUUCAGUCUGAUCCUCCCCCUGAGAAAAGGAGACCGCGUGGGCCUGGUGAGGACCGGAGGCCAGCUGGCCACCACCGAGGCCAGGGAGAUCCUCUCCACCUUCAGCGGCGUCUUCCUGUAUGCGUCACAGACCCACAGAUAGCUGGAGUAUCAAGGAGGACUAGUUUGUUCCCAGAGAGUUGGACUGGAGGAAAUGAUGACAAAAUCAUAUUUUUACUGAUUUGCUGUGAUGCAGCUAUUUUACCCACGCAGUGCCACUGUGUGAAGAUCCUCAGUUAUAGAUUCCGCUGUUAUACUGCAGUUUGUAAGCCACUUGCCAAAGAUACCUGAAUACAAGAAGCAGGAUUUGUAUCUAAUAUAUUUGAUUAUCAAGUUGAGGUUUUUUUUGUACUUAUUGUGAAUGUCUUGUGUAGAAGUGUUUGUAAAUUAACAUUAAAACUGAUAAAAUGUCAUUUUUAUUUUAGCGACAGCAUCUGACACACUCAGUAUGGUCAACUAUCAGAGGAAUAUGUUGUUGUUUAGGCAGUAAAUCCUGAUAAAACA